CCGGACUUCUCCUCUCUCUCUCUCCCUUUCUCUGCCGUCUCAAUACUCUCUCUCUCUAAUGGCGGCGGCCUCUCAUCUUCACAUAACCCCAACACCGUCUCCCCAAACCCCUCCUCCUCCCUGGUUCUCUCCCACCACCGGAAUCUACACCAGCAAACACCCCUCAAUCCACCUCCCCCUCGACCCAAAUCUCUCCGCCGUCUCCGCCCUCUUCUCCCACAUCCACAACAUCCAAAACCCUUCCUCCCCCGCCUUCAUCGACUCCUCAACCGGAUUCUCAAUCUCCUACACCGAGCUCCAGACCCUGAUCGAAUCAAUCUCCGCAGGGAUUCACCACGAUCUAGGUAUCCGACAAGGCGACGUCGUUUCCCUCGUCCUCCCUAACUCCCUCUACUUCCCUCUCCUUUUCCUCUCGUUGAUCUCCCUAGGCGUUGUUGUCACAACAAUCAACCCUUCGAGUAGCUUGGGAGAGAUCACGAAGCAGGUUAGUGAGUGUAAGGUCUCGUUAGCGUUUACUUGUGGCGAAAGUUACGAAAAGUUGGGUUCUUUAGGUGUUGUGGUCAUAAGGGUGCCCGAAAGUUACGAUCUUGAUUUGAUUCGUAUCGAAAAUCCAAAGUUUUACUCAAUCAUCAAAGGAGGUUUCGGAGUUGUGGCGAGACCGUUGGUUAAGGUUAAGCAAGAGGAUGUAGCAGCGAUUAUGUAUUCCUCUGGGACUACGGGUGCUAGUAAAGGAGUUAUGUUAACUCACGGGAACCUGAUUGCGUCGAUGGAGCUUUUUGUGAGAUUCGAAGCUUCGCAGUAUGAGUAUCCAGGGACGGGGAAUGUUUAUCUAGCGGCGUUGCCUUUGUGUCAUAUCUAUGGUUUGUCUCUAUUUGUUAUGGGGUUACUGUCUCUUGGAUCAACCGUUGUUGUUAUGAGGAGGUUUGAUGUUUCUGAUGCUGUUGAUGUGAUCGAGAGGUUUGGGAUUACGCAUUUCCCUGUUGUUCCUCCGAUGUUGAUGGCGUUGACGAAGAAGGCGAAAGGGGUUUGUGGGGAUGUGUUUAGGAGUUUGAAGCAGGUUUCUUCUGGAGCUGCUCCUUUGAGUGGGAAGUUUAUUGAGGAUUUUUUGGAGACUCUUCCUCAUGUUGAUUUGAUUCAGGGAUAUGGAAUGACUGAAUCAACAGCAGUUGGUACACGAGGGUUUAACUCUCAAAGGCUUAGGAAGUAUUCUUCGGUGGGACUACUUGCUCCAAAUAUGCAAGCCAAGGUUGUAGAUUGGAGCUCUGGUUGUUUCCUUCCACCAGGAAACCGUGGAGAGCUCUGGAUACAAGGCCCCGGAGUCAUGAAAGGAUACUUGAAUAACCCGGAAGCAACUGAGAUGACAAUUAUUGAAAAAAGUUGGCUACGGACUGGGGACAUUGCUUAUUUUGAUGAAGAUGGCUACUUGUUUAUUGUUGACCGUAUAAAGGAGAUUAUAAAGUACAAAGGUUUUCAGAUCGCACCAGCUGAUUUGGAGGCUGUUCUUGUUUCACAUCCUUUGAUUAUCGAUGCUGCAGUAACAGCUGCCCCAAGUGAAGAGUGUGGAGAGAUUCCGGUAGCAUUCGUUGUGCGGAGACAAGAAACAACCCUUUCAGAACAAGAUGUAAUAAGCUAUGUAGCUGCUCAGGUUGCACCGUACAGGAAGGUGAGGAAAGUUGUGAUGGUUAGCUCAAUACCAAAAUCUCCAACUGGGAAGAUAUUGAGAAAGGAACUAAAGAGAAUUCUCACAAGCUCUGUUUCUUCAAGACUUUAAUUCUUCCUUCUUCUUUUUUGGGUAAUAAUAAUACACACAGAGAGCUCUCGUAGUUUUGUAGCAUUCAAUUCGAUUCUUUAUUGGUUUUGUAACUUUAAAAGAGAACAAGCAUAAAGAUGUGUGUGUUGUAGUAUCUGAUUCUUCAUGAAUAAGCUAUAGAGUUGUUGUAAACAGAGUUCUUUGUAAGCCACAGAAUUGUAAGUUGGCUUACAUUUAUACAAAAGUCCUUUUUAGAGAGCUAACA